AUGGGUUUCUUGGAUGAAGGCUUGUAUCUCAUCAGUUUCAUACCAAGUACUUAUCAAUGGAGAAGCCAAAGGACAUAUCAACCCAUCAAGAGGCUUAAGACAGGCGAUCCCUUGUCACCAUUUUUGUUUAUCAUCUUGACGGAAGCCCUAGUAGCUCAACUGCGAGGAGCUGAAGAUGAGGGACGCAUCACGGGGUUGAAAAUAGCACGUAACUGUCCUUCCAUAUCUCAUCUCCUUUUCGCUGAUGACUCCCUCUUUUUCUGCAAAGCAGAUGUCCAGCAAUGUGCUGAGUUGCUUAGAAUCAUACAAACUUAUGGCCAAGCCUCGGGACAACAAUUAAACACUUCAAAAUCUUCGAUUUUCUUUGGACAUAAAGUUCCUCCACACAUUCGAUCGGAGCUCAAACGCACUUUGGGGAUCACAAAAGAGGGAGGAAUGGGGAUGUACCUAGGCUUACCAGAAAAAAUUUGUGGAUCAAAGAAACAGGCCUUUGCCUUCAUUCAAGAUAGACUGAGCAAGAAAAUCAACUCAUGGUCCGCAAAACUCCUGUCGAAAGGUGGAAAAGAAGUCCUCAUCAAAUCAGUAUCUCAAGCAUUACCCACAUAUGUGAUGUCUUGCUUCUUGUUACCCCAAGACAUCAUUAAAAAACUUCAGAGUGCUAUAGCAAAUUUCUGGUGGAGUACCAAGCAAGAAAGUAGAGCAACUGUGGCAUCUUCAUCGCUACCCAAGCUCUCUAUUGGCCAGAGUCCUAAAAGGAAGAUAUUUCUGGAAGUCAAAUCCCCUAGAUGUAACAAAAGCAAACUCUCCCUCUUAUGGAUGGAAUAG